AUGACAAAAAGGGACGGACAAUCGUGCGCAUCACAAUUGAUAGAAUGCAUUCAAUAUGAGUUGACUUUUCAGGUGGAUUUUGGUUUUGCAAAACGUUUGGACGAAGACGAUGGUAGAACUUGGACAUUUUGUGGUACUGCUGAGUAUAUUGCGCCCGAGAUUGUUCUCAAUAAAGGGCACGAUAUAGCUGUUGAUUUGUGGGCAUUAGGCGUUUUCAUGUACGAAUUGCUGACUGGAUCGUAC